AUGUCGCGACCAGGUGAUCGACCAAAUCAAGCCCAAACCUAUAAAUUGGUAGUUGUCGGCGGUGGAGGUGUAGGAAAAAGUGCUAUUACAAUACAAUUUAUACAGAGCUAUUUUGUAACUGACUAUGAUCCUACUAUUGAGGACAGCUACACAAAGCAAUGUGUUAUUGAUGAUAUUCCUGCAAAACUGGAUAUCCUUGACACUGCUGGGCAAGAAGAAUUUAGUGCAAUGCGAGAACAAUAUAUGAGGUCAGGCGAAGGCUUUCUACUUGUUUUCUCAGUGGCUGACCAUGCCAGUUUUGAUGAACUUUUUAAGUUCCAUAAACAAAUUUUACGUGUAAAAGAUCGGGAUGAAUUUCCUAUGCUGAUGGUUGGAAAUAAGGCUGAUUUGGAAAGCCAGAGAAUGGUUACAUUAGAUGAAGCACAAUCUCUGUCCCGUCAACUCAAGAUACCAUACAUUGAGUGCAGUGCCAAGGCUCGUAUGAAUGUAGACCAGGCCUUCCAUGAGCUUGUGAGACUUGUUCGGAGAUUCCAGGAAGCAGAGAGAAUCCACAUUAAGUCAGAGCAUAGGAACAAGAAGAAGAAAUGCACUAUCUUGUAA